CCUUCCCCUACAUUUGGUUCGCGGCCUCCGCUUCACACGCUUAUGGCGCGCCUGGAACUCCUCUUCUCUCAUGGCCGUCGCCAUCUCUCGGCUCCGAAACCCCCAUUUCUAGGGUUUCUCCGCUUCUUCUCCUCCGACUCGUCCACUGUGAUCAAGCCAAUCUCCUACCCCGUUAAGCCGCAAGAGUCCUCGUCCUCUGAUGCGCCCUCUCAAACUCCGGCACCUCAACCAGAAUCUGAUUCUUCUAGUGCUCGACCGGAAGCUACGGUGCCGGAUUCUUCCUCGGAGCAGCCGAUACCGCGGCCAUGGACCCGUGCGGAUGCUCGGUUCGUGAAGGAUGCGCCGAGGAUCUCCCCGGUAUCGUACCCUACGAAGGUGGCGCCGUUACCUGAGGAUAGAACUUCGGAGGCUACGGAGGGUGGGGAUGAUGCGCUGAAGAGAGAGGCCAGGGAGAUUGAGAGCAAUGAGCGGGUGAAGAGUUAUUUUAGGGUGCAAGCGGAAGAGGUUAUCCCAUUUCCGACUCUGAUCAAGCAGGAGAAGCGGCCGCAGAAGCUACCAAUGGAUCUCGGGGAGGCCAUCAGGGAAAUGAAGGCUAGUACAACUACGAAAAAGCGUAAUUUCCUUGAAACUGUUGAAGCCCAUGUGAACCUUGGUGUGGAUCCGCGUCGAGGAGAUCAGAUGGUACGGGGUGCUCUAACUCUUCCUCAUGGCUCUGGGAAGACUGUCAGGGUUGCUGUAUUUGCUGAAGGUGCUGCAGCGGAGGAAGCAAAAGCUGCAGGUGCUGAUAUAGUUGGUGGUGAUGAACUCAUUGAGGAAAUAAAAACUGGAGGUGGCAAGAUUAACUUUGAUAAGUGCAUAGCAACGCCUAUGUUCAUGCCUCGCCUUUCCAAGAUAGCUAGGAUUCUUGGUCCUCGUGGUUUAAUGCCAAAUCCCAAACUAGGGUCUGUGACCAGUAAUGUUUCUAUUGCAGUAAAAGAAGCCAAGAGUGGUCGCAUUGAUUUCAAAAUUGAUAAAACUGCUAUCAUACAUGUUGGGCUUGGGAAGGUUAACUUCUCAGAUGAGGCCUUACGGGAAAAUAUUGGAGCUUUUGUGAAUGCUCUUUUGCUGGCAAAACCUGUUGGCCUGAAGAAGACUUCCAAAUAUGCUGGGUAUGUGAAAAACUUCACAUUAAGCAGCACGAUGGGCCCUGGUUUCCCUGUCUCGAUACAAUCUUUAUCUGUCGCCGCUGAUAACUACGUCAAACUACAAGUCAAGUGAUAUUCUGUUAUUAUCCAGACCUGGGAAACUCAGAACCGUAUGAUGCAGCAAUUCUAAUAUAUUUUCCUUAGUAGCUCACAACGCCCGUCUCGCGGGUAAUCGACAUUACAAAGAAGACAUUCUAUUAAACCCGGGAGGCAUGCAGGCAGGGUCUAAUUAUCAUUUAUCAAUUACAAUGCAAAGUUGGUGGCCUCUAAUGUCUCAUAAAAAUACAAACUUUUGUCACCAUUCAGUAUUGCUGGAAAUUUUUUUUAGGUGCUACUCUACAUAUGAAAAUUGUGAAUGUUGAACGUUUGAAUGAGAGCCUGAUGUGUUCUUAUUUAUGUACCAAUAAACAAAUUCAAACUAAACAGAAUGGAGGUCAUGUCACAGGGCAGACAUCCAAUAA